ACACACACACAUAAGUGACAUUUUGCGAGUGAGUGAAAGAAAGCUGCAGCGUACAAGCAAAAAUGCAGCGAUUCGUGUGCAUAGGACUCUUGCUGCUUAGCUUGGCCACUAACGCCUGGGCCAUUCAAUGUUACUCAUGUGAAUCUAUUUACAACGAAAAUUGUGGUGCUGAUUUCGACUUGGAUGAUGAUUUUAAGUGGGACUGUUCGCGCGUUGCGCCGCCUCGUUAUCUAGAAAGCGACUUGGAUGUACGAAAUGCUACAGCUUGCAUGAAACGGGAAUACAAAGUGAAAGAUCUGCUUAGAAUCGAACGCAGCUGCUUCUUCGGUGACGUCAACGAUACGGUGAGCGGUUGCCAGUUGGAUCCAACGCUAGAGGAGGCGGAGCCGUUGUCGUGUCAUGUUUGCGACAAUGAAGACUUUUGCAAUCACAGUAAUCAGCUGAAGGCAUGGCCACAGUAUUUAGCGGUUGUGGGAUUUGUGUUAACAGCGAAACUCUUAUAUUGGCUGAGGUAA